AUGCCGUCUUCAGGGACCAUCUGCAGUCUGCUACUCCUCAGUGUUCUCUGGAUGGAUGUGGCCAUGGCAGGCUCCAGCUUCCUUAGCCCAGAGCAUCAGAAGGCCCAGCAAAGAAAAGAAUCAAAGAAGCCACCGGCGAAACUGCAGCCACGAUCUCUGGAAGGCUGGCUCCAGCCAGAAGGCAGAGGACAGGCAGAGGGGACAGAGGAGGAACUGGAGAUCCGGUUCAACGCUCCUUUCGACGUUGGCAUCAAGCUGUCAGGAGCUCAGUACCAACAGCAUGGCCAGGCCCUGGGGAAGUUUCUUCAGGACAUUCUCUGGGAAGAGGUCAAAGAAGCACCAGCUGACAAGUGA